AGGGCGGGACUUCCUGUGCCUGCGCGCUACCCAGGAAGUCGUCGUGUUACUUUUCUCUCCUCCUCCUCUUCCAGUCUUGCGAGAAACCAGACAAACUAAGCGGCGUUAAGUUGCGUUAAUAGCCGGGGGAACGAGCAGGAGAACAGUUUGACUCCGGAGCUACCAGGCCUUUCGGCCCCUGUCGUUUGACUUUGACGGUUGUCAUCGAAGAAACGGCGGAGAAAUGGCUACAAGACGAAGAAGUCCUCUCACAGUCAGGAUGGAAGUGGGAAGUGAAAGCUAAGGAGCUUUCAGAAUAACUCCUUUGCUCCAGGAUGCAACGUGUCCUUCAUAAUUUUUUAACCACUUUCACCUUUAGUGACACUGCAUUGUGUCAUUAUAACUUUUUUAACCACACAGAGUCAGCAAGGUGUGGCUCCAGAUCUGUGAUCAUGCACUUGUGAUGAUACACAAGCUGCCCUUCCCAUAUCCCAUUCCUGUUGUCUGUUAAAGGACACCUCUUUCUAUUCAGAUCCUUCCCCCCUGAUCCAACCUCCUCCCUUUGACUUUCUGGGCCAUGCUCCGAAAGAGAGGCUCUGUCAUUCUUUGUGGUGCGUUCCUGUUUAUUACCUGGAACGCAAUAUUGGUGCUUCUGCUGUGGGGUAGACCCCCAACCGGCCAGCCGGACGAUUCUGGCCGAGAGCAGAGGGAGGCUGUUGAAAUCCCUACCAAUGAUGUGGUGGGAGAUGUGCUCCGAAUGGCAGACACGUUUGAGGCCGAGCUUGAAAUGCAGAAAAAAAUCCUUCUGCAGAUCCAGAGCCAUCAGUCGCUGUGGGAUUCAUCAAACAAAGACAGACCAAAGGUUGUCAUCCCCAGUCAGCCUGUCAUUCCUAUCCUGGUAAUCGCCUGUAACAGGGUCACUGUGAGGCGCUGCUUAGAUAAACUCCUGGAGCACCGUCCUUCAGCAGAGCUCUACCCAAUUAUCGUCAGUCAGGACUGUGGACAUGCGGAGACUGCUGAGGUGAUCCGAUCUUAUGGAAAUAAAGUCACCCAUCUGAAACAGCCAGACCUGUCGGAUAUCCCUGUGCAACCAGGUCACAAGAAGUUUCAGGGUUACUACAAAAUCUCCAGGCAUUACCGCUGGGCUCUCAAUCAAGUGUUUAAGACCCUCUCCCAUUCCUCUGUCGUGAUCGUAGAGGAUGAUCUGGAGGUGGCGCCAGACUUCUUUGAGUACUUCCGAGCCCUGCUGCCACUCCUGCAAUCUGACCCCAGCCUGUGGUGUGUAUCAGCUUGGAAUGACAAUGGCAGAGAUGGCUAUGUGGACCCAGGCAAGGCAGACCUGCUCUACAGGACAGACUUCUUUCCUGGCCUGGGGUGGAUGGUCCUCAAGGAGAUGUGGGAGGAGCUGGAGCCAAAGUGGCCUGCAUCAUUCUGGGACGACUGGAUGCGUCAGCCAGAGCAGCGCCGCAACCGUGCCUGCAUACGUCCAGAGAUCUCACGGACUCUGACUUUUGGCCGGCAAGGUGUGAGUCUGGGUCAGUUUUAUGACAAGUACUUACGUUACAUUAAACUAAAUACCGAAUUUGUGCCUUUCACCAAGAAGGACCUGAGUUACUUGAAGGAGGAGACAUAUAGAGAAAACUUUCAGAAGGAAGUUUACAGUGCACCUGUGGUCACAUAUGAAGAUGUUAAGCAGGGGCAGCUACAAGGAAAAGGGCCCUUUCGCCUUCAAUAUUCAAGUAAAGACAGUUUCAAAGUGCUUGCCAAAAACCUAGGAAUUAUGGAUGACUUGAAAUCUGGAGUCCCAAGGGCAGGAUACAGAGGGGUUGUCAGUUUCAUAUCAAGAGGACGGAGAAUCUACUUAGCCCCUCCUCCUGGAUGGACCCAGUAUGAUGCCAGUUGGAGCUGAUAAUCCAGAAGAAAACCAAUAUGUAGUAGCCUUUUCAUGAUUGUCAGUUAGGGGAGGUAUUCCAGACCAAAGACUCAUGUCCUUAAACGUUCUCAUUGAUUGAAUGAUAUGUACUCUGAUUAAUCGUUCUUAAUGAUUUGGAUGGGUUGUCCCCUUUUCUGAUGUUGGGGCUAUUGCCAAUGCCUCUCAGGUCUUUUUCAUUGAUUCCAAAACAUUUCUUACAAUGUGGGAUACUGCCUGAACAGUUUGUAAGACAAAACUGCUGUCAAUCAACAGAGAUCUAUUUUUUAUAUUAUGCAAAUUGUGCACAUGAUGUUCAUUACUGCAUUCAAUGCAAUGACCUGUUUUGCCAUUAAUGUUUUAAAUUAUUUUUGAUUUCUGGUAGCCUAUGUAAACUGUUCAUGUCCUAUAAGAAUAUAAAAACAUAAUCUGUGGUAUGGUUGCUUAUGACAGUGGUGACUGGUCAUAACUGCAGUGUAAUCAGUCAUUUGUUUCCUGGUGUUUUUGUCUUCUAUGAAAAUCAGUUCUUCCUGCUCACAUUUUAAUGUCAAAUAGUUUUGUCUAAUGAUUCUACAAUGGCAGUACUGCUUGCAGGUUCGUCACCUUGCAAGCUAUAAAAUUUGUGUGUUUGUAUAUUUU